AUGGCGCCCGAACCCAGUGACCGGGUGGUGGGCAAUGGUUCAGAGCUUGAGGAGUCUGUUACCGACGAGAAUGAUACCAAAACCGACGAUGGAACAGCUACUAACAGCGACGAGGAAGAAGAGGAUGAUGACGAACCGGUGCUCAAGUACGCACGAGUAACGGGUCAUUUGGCGUCUAUUUAUCGAAAUGGCGAUGCGACAAGCACUUUCUUGGUGGCGGGGGAUAAGAUGAUCAUUGGCACCCAUAAUGGCAAUGUUCAUGUGCUAGGUCUUCCUUCAUUUCAGCCGUUACGAGUGUACAAGGCACACUCUGCUUCCGUGACCUCCAUAUCCAUAUCUCCUUUCCCUCCUCCACCAAGCACGAAACCAGAUGCUGUCAGUAGGCUUGCUGCUGCGUAUGCGCCUACUAGACCGACUUCUUCCGGUUCAUCCUCAGCGACAGCCGCCAGAGCGCCAAGACAACCCUCCGUUCCAAAUACGCCAUCCAAUUCGAUCCACAUAGCUACUUCUUCAAUCGACGGCAAUGUUUGCGUGACAAAUCUCAUUGAUCCGAAGGAUGUUAUGGUUCGUAACUUUUCUCGCCCUGUCCAGGCUGUCGCUUUGUCGCCGAAUUUCAAGAGUGAUCGCUCCUAUUUGUCUGGCGGUUUAGCAGGCAACCUUAUAUUGACAACCGGUGGUCGACCCGGGACUUCUACCUCCAAUACCGUUGGGAGCUCAACGAUAGCCGCAUCCGGAUGGCUUGGUUCUUUGGGGCUGGGGCCAAACAAUGGAAAGGAUACAGUACUGCACGCCGGUGAAGGUCCGAUUAGCACAAUCAAAUGGUCCUUAUCAGGCAAGUUUGUUGUUUGGAUGAAUGAACAUGGGGUCAAAAUAAUGAGGUCAAAUCUGUACCUGGAAAACAUUGACCAGGAAUACGCAUGGAAACGUAUUGGUCACAUUGAUCGUCCCAGACACACCGGUUGGGACGAUAUGGCUGGUGUCUGGAAGGGCCGUGUCGAAUGGGUUGACGAAGAUGCCCUCGAGAAUGACGAAGCAGCGCCGGACACGCCUCGCGCUUCACAAUCAAGUAAUGGGACCGGCACUAGGGUCAAACAGUCACUCGGCAGUCUCAAGGCGAAUAAGCCGGAGAAGCUAUUAGUCGGCUGGGGAGAUACCAUUUGGGUCGUCAAUGUAUAUCCCGGUGGUGCUGGAACUGGACGAGACGUUGGCGAAAGAUUAGUUGGUCGUGCCGACAUUGUAACAAAGUUACGAACUGAUUGUAUCAUAUCUGGCUUAUCGCUUUAUACCCCAUCUUUGCUUCUCGUACUUGCAUAUAUCACUCCCGAUGAUGAAGAUGAUGCUUCGUCGAGUGCAGCUGGCGAAACCCCCAGGCGAGGAAUUCAUCACCGACAGCGAGCGCUUCAGCCCGAAUUGAGGCUCAUAAACAUUGCCAGCCCGGAGAAGGAGGAAGUGAGUGUUGACACACUCUCAGUUAGUCGGUAUGGCGGAUUAUCUGCUGUCGACUACCACCUUGGCGUACUUCCAAGUCGUCAAGUAUCUGAAACGCUACAAACCCAACGUCGUGUGCUGGAGGCCAUCGGAAGUGGUCUCUGGGACGCCGGUCUAAAUGCUACCAAGAUCUUCGGCUCCAACGUCAGCGUCCGAAGCCUGGGUCUCCAAAGUGACAAGGCCACAGAAAGUAGAGACCCAAGCAACUCAAGUGCGAGCAAGUCGCUGCCAGGCAAGCGUUAUGAGCCACCAGCCGCAGCAGCAACCCCUGGCUUGAAGAUCUACAUCCACAGCCCCUAUGACUGCGUGUUAGCCGUGAAACGUGAUCUGUCUGAUCAUCUCGCCUGGCUUGAGGAUCGUGAGAAGUUUGGAGAGGCUUGGGAACUCAUUGAUCAGCAUCCCGAAGUAGUCAGCGUUUCACCUGAGAAAGCCUCGGAUUCCACUCCCAGCACCCCCACAGUCCAACAAGGUAGUCUUGCCGACUUUUUCGCUGAUGAUGCGUCACAAACUACCUUAUCUGCAAACAGACCUUUCAACUCUGCCGUCGAAAAGGAAAAGAGACGUAUCGGUGAAAUGUGGAUUGAACAGCUCAUUGACUCGGGCGAAUGGGCAACUGCGGGCAUUAUCUGUGGCAAAGUUCUCGGCACGUCCUCUAGAUGGGAGCACUGGGUUUGGACGUUUGCGCAAGCCAACAAAUUUGACGAGAUCACCCCAUAUAUACCGACUACACAGCUCCAACCAGCACUUCCUUCCUUAGUUUAUGAGGUCGUACUAGGCCAUUACAUUGCUCAUGACAGACAAAGAUUAAAGGAACUUUUGGAUCAAUGGCCGCCGGACCUCUUCGAUAUUUCUAGCGUCACAGCGGCGAUAUCGGGAAAACUACGAGCUGGUGACGUACGGGAGAGCGAUAUUCGGGAUGGAGAACGUGGGCGUGAUUGGCGGAUAUUAAUGGAGAGUUUGGCAAAGCUCUACCUCGCCGACAGUCGCCUUCGCGAAGCACUCCAAUGCUACAUUCGCCUGCAAGAUGCUGAUGCGGCUAUGAGCCUUAUCAAGGAAUACCGUUUGCUCGAUGCAGUCUCCGCUGACAUCCCAGGGAUAAUUCUCCUCCGCGUCUCUAAAGAUCAGCUCGACAAAGCGCCCAUGAGUGAGCUUGAAUCAGCAACUGCAGAGCCCAUUGCGCUGCUAGUGGAUGAAGCUCAUCAGGGAGUUGUCCGACCCGAGACCGUGGUCAAGCAGCUUCAGGAAUCAGAUCAUCUACUGUUUCUAUUUUUUUAUCUUCGCGCUUUGUGGAAGUCAGACACAGUCUCUACUGACUCGCAUGCCCACCAAACUUCCGAUCGCAUCGCUGAUGAGGGCAAGGUUCUUGUUGACGAAUUUGCUGAUCUCGCCAUUGAUCUCUUUGCCAUUUAUGACCGUGAGCUUCUCAUGCAAUUUCUCAAAACGUCACAGUCAUACAACUUUCCCAAGGCAUGCGCAAUCUGCGAAAAACGAGAUUAUGUUCCUGAGCUAGUUUAUCUUCUCUCCAAGACCGGAGAAAUGAAACGGGCACUAUUCCUUAUCAUCGACAAACUCCGCGAUGUCUCCCAAGCCAUUUCAUUCGCUAAGGCUCAAGAUGAUCCAGAUCUUUGGGACGACUUACUCAACUAUUCAAUGGAUAAGUCCCGAUUUAUUCGCGGCUUGCUCGAGGAGGUGGGCACCGCUAUAGACCCGGUUACUCUGGUUCGUCGAAUUCCAGAGGGUUUGGAGAUUGAGGGGCUUCGGGAUGGCCUCAGUCGAAUGAUACGAGACUAUGAGAUCCAACACAGCAUCAGUGAGGGAGUUGCCAGAGUCCUGCGAAGCGAGGUGGCAACGGGCAUGGAUACGCUUCGGAGUGGUCAGAAAAGGGGGAUUGCAUUUGAUAUUGUUCACGAGGACGCCGCGACCGAAACCAGCGAGGCAAUAAAUGGAUCCAACACCGUGAAUGAGAAAGGAAUUGCUCUCCGUGAGCCUGGUCCUGGCCAUUGCGUUGGUUGCCAGAAAGCCUUUUCUAUAAAUGAGAAGGAGACGCUGAUUGGAUUUGCUUGCGGUCACGUCUUUCAUCUUUCUUGCCUAAUUUCUCAUGGUGAAGAAGAGGAAGAGCCAGCUCUGGGAGAGACAAGUGGGUCGCCUGAAGCUGAUUCGGGUUACUGGUCACGCAGCGUGGGUGCCAAAGUGACGCACGCACGUAUUAUUCGCGAGAAAAUUCCCGAUGGAUGCCCUUUGUGUGUUCAUAAAGAAGAGGAAGAUAUGUAA